AUGCGAUUCAUCUUGCAACUAUCGUCUACUUACCUUAGUUACGUCCAAUUGCUGGACGAAACAUCAAGCAAAGCACAGCCGACCUGUUCAUCCGGUCUCUUGUUUCCUUCUCUUCCUGUCAUGAAUCAUUUCCUCUUUUUCCCUCGUGGCAUCCCUAUUCUAGAGCGUUUCCAUUUUAUGCGUUUCGUUUUGUUUCUUUUAUGCCCGACGCGUUUCGAGUUUCAUUGA